AUGGCCUCGCUGCCAAAACCAGUCGAGUCGGCAAAGGGCGCAAAGCUCAAUGUCAUCCUCGGCAGCCAAUGGGGAGAUGAGGGAAAGGGCAAGCUGUCCGAUAUCCUCUGCCAGAAGAUGGAUGUCUGCGCCCGAUGCGCUGGCGGCAACAAUGCUGGACACACCAUCGUCGUCAACAUGGGCCCUGACAAGGUCAAGACCAAAUUUGACUUCCAUCUCCUCCCCUCUGGCCUCAUCAAUGAGCGAUGUGCUGGCUUCAUCGGGUCGGGCGUCGUAGUCCACGUCCCUUCCUUCUUCGCUGAGCUCGAUGCUAUCACCAAGAAGGGGCUUAACUGCGACGGACGCCUCUUCGUCUCGGACCGCGCUCACUUGGUCUUCGACUUCCACCAGGUCGUCGACGGCCUCAAGGAGGUCGAGCUCGGCGGCAGCAGCAUCGGCACCACGAAGAAGGGCAUUGGCCCGGCCUACUCGUCCAAGGCCUCUCGCUCAGGGCUGCGUGUUCACCACCUCUACGAUCAUGAGACGUUCGCGAACAAGUUCCGCAAGCUGGUAGAAGGCCGCUUCAAGCGCUACGGCCACUUCGAGUACGACACCGAGGGCGAAAUCGCUCGCUACAAGGCCUUUGCUGAGCGUCUGCGCCCUUACGUCGUCGACGGAGUCAGCUUCAUCCACGCUGCACUCGCUGCCAAUCGUCGAGUGCUCGUCGAAGGCGCGAAUGCUCUCAUGCUGGACAUCGACUUCGGUACCUACCCCUUUGUCACCAGCUCGUCCACGUCCAUCGGCGGUGUCUGCACCGGUCUCGGUGUACCACCAAACGCAGUAGGCGAGAUCUACGGUGUAGCCAAGGCGUAUACGACUCGUGUUGGCGGCGGACCCUUCCCCACCGAGCUCAACGACGAGAUCGGUGUUCACCUCCAAGAAGUCGGCGCAGAGUGGGGUGUCACCACUGGCAGAAGAAGACGCUGUGGCUGGCUCGACCUCGUCAUGAUGCGCUACUCGACCCUCAUCAACGGGUACACCUCCCUUAACCUCACAAAGCUCGACGUUCUCGACGACCUCAAAGAGAUCAAGGUUGCGACGAGCUACAAGGUCAAUGGUCAGGAGCUUGCCUCGUUCCCGGCCGAUCUUGAUAUCUUGGCGCAGGUUGAGGUGGUGUACAAGACGAUGCCUGGCUGGCAGCAGGAUAUUAGCAAGGCGACAACGUACGAGGAGCUUCCGCAAGCAUGCAGGGAUUACGUCGAGUUGAUUGAGCAGUUCUUGAGCUGCCCUGUGGAGUACAUCGGUGUAGGGCCGGGCAGGGAGUCGAUGAUUCACAGGAAGAGGGCAUGAGGCGGACGAAUCAGGCAGAAAGGUCGUAUCUCGUUAGACGAUGUGUUUCUACUGCACGAUCGAAUUCAGCAAUGGGAAAGUGAAGCAGAAC